AUGCAUUUUCAUCAAUCUUCCUACAUCCUCGGCGCCGCCGCCCUAGUGGGUGCUGUUGCCGUCCCAGCACCUGUACCUGACGAUGUUCCCGUCACGGUUGCAGAUAUUCCUACUCCCAGCGUCCUCGGACCGGAUCCCCUGGUCUAUUCGUCAACUGCUGAACCCAUCAACGCCGCAACCGUCACUGCUGUUGUUACUGGCGCCACUGAUGCUCCAGAGCCCACUGAAUCUGCAGUGGCGGUCUCAGCUGCUGCUGCUGUAAUCGAUCCCAGCUUGGUCUCCCUCAUCACCAAUCUGCCCAACAGUAUCCCGCCUUCCCUCUACUCCCAGAUCUCCGCAGCAGUUCCAACGGAUCCGGCAUCAGUUGCCGUACUACAGUCCGCCAUUGCAGCACUCCCCUCCGGAGCCCUCCCAGACCAGCUGGCCAGCCUAGCCUCGGAGCUCCUGCCUGCCGCUGCCACUCCCGCAGCCAAGGCCAAGCGCGCCGCCACAACCUACGACCCCGACGCAUCAUCCAAGAAGUGCCCUGGCGGCAACGGCUGGGACUGCUGCCCGCUGCCCACCGGCACCGCCUUCGGCACCAGCUCCGAGACGGACUCCGAGUUCCUAAGCAACAACGCCUACAGCAGCGCCGCCUCGAGCGCAGCAAACAGAGUCCCCGCGCAGUACACCCUCGCCUUCUCCAACAAGAACGCGGCCACCCAGCAAACCGGCUACCGCGGCGUCUACAAUCUGAACAACUACGACCCCUCCGCCUGCGCCGCCUACUGCAACGCCGACCCGUGGUGCCAGGCCUUCAACAUCUACAUCGAGCGCGACCCCAUCGUCCGGCCCGACGACCCGAACAGCUCGGGGAGCCUCUGCAGCAACCCACCCUCAACCGCCAACAUCAAAUGCACGCUCUACGGCCUCCCCGUCUCCGCCGCCUCCGCCACCAACGACGGCCAGUACCAAGGCGGCUUCCACGUCGUCAUCGCCGGGUCGAACGGCUACAACAAGCUCCCGCAGGCGCCCGCGCCGCAGCCGAACUUCUCCGGACCCUCGGCGCUGCUGCCUGGAGCUAUCGAGGAUUUGAGCAAGUACUACCUGUACGAGUUCUACGCGGGGCCGUUCGAUCCGGCGUACUGCGCGAGGGGGUGCCAGGCCAACACGGCGUGGAAUAAGGCGCAGCUGCGGGACGACAGGGGCCGGUAUACGGCGUGUAAUGCGUUUAACGCGUACAUUACGUAUGCGGAUGGGGAGGCGAAGGGGACGACGUGCGCGUAUUAUAACGAUAAUCUGUCUGCGGCUGAUGUUAGGGAUAAGGCUACGAAUGUUGGGCAGUGGCAGGGGAGUGUGCAUGUUACGAUCGGGCAGUCGUACGUCUACAAUUUGACGCCGAGGGACAAUGGCGGUGUGUGUAAUUGCAGGGUUAUGGGCGCGUUCUGGCCGUCGCCUAUCUUGGAUGCUGCGCUGUAUGGUGGAUGUCGGGAUUGA